AACUGUUGCGCUUCACCACAUCUUACACGUGUUCCACUCCCUCGUCCCUUUUCGCUUGGGAACUCCAGUCUCGCUUCAGGUUGCGAUGGACCCCAAAUGCUCCUGCGCCGCUGGUGUCUCCUGUGCCUGCCCUGGCUCCUGCAAGUGCAAAGAGUGCAAAUGCACCUCCUGCAAGAAGAGCUGCUGCUCCUGCUGCCCCUUGGGCUGUGCCAAGUGUGCCCAGGGCUGUAUCUGCAAAGGGGCGUCAGAGAAGUGCAGCUGCUGCGCCUGAUGUCGGGACUGCCCUGCUGUCAGAUGAAAACAGAAUGACACGUAAAAUCCAGGAUUCUGUUUUCUACAACCGCGACCCAUUUGCUACAUUCCUUUUGUCUGUGAAAUAUGUGAAUAAUAAUUAAACACAGACUUGAUUCUG